GAGUCCAAUGACCUUUGUUCCUCUUAACCUAUGACCCAUGACGUGUACAUAAAAGACCGCAUUCUUCAGCUUGGCGCCACAAUCUCCACGCGUUUGGUCCAACCUGCUACCCGAAACAGCUCUACAAAACCUGCAAAAUGGUGCGGAUGAUCGAAACCAAGGCUGACUUUGACGCCCUCCUGGCUGAUAACAAAGACAAGCUGAUAGUGGUGGACUUCACAGCCUCGUGGUGUGGGCCCUGCAAGAUGAUCGCUCCUGUGUUUGAGAAACUGGCUGAAGACAACACUGAUGUCAUCUUUGUGAAAGUGGACGUGGAUGCCAACGAUGAGACAGCGGGUGCCUGUGGCAUCUCGGCUAUGCCUACAUUCCACUGCUACAAGAACGGCGAUAAGGUUGACGAGAUGACCGGAGCCAGUAAGGACAAGUUGAUUGAAAUGGUGGCCAAGAACAAGUGAUGAUGAUGAUGGUGAUAGAUGACUCGCCCGAGGUCUAACCUAGAGUUUUGCGGGUCCAAUCACGAUGAGAUGUAGGCAUGAUAGAAUAAUGUUUGAUUAGAAAAUUUGUACUUAGAAGCAGACACAAGGAGUACCGGCAUAAGUAGCUAGAAACUUCAGCUUUAUUAUUGCAAAAAGUGUAAUCUCCAGGCAGAUCCAACAAUGGCAUAAGAUAGUACCAAAUAAACUGGCCAAGGAGUAUAGUUAGCCAAGAGGUGUUCAUUUGCCAUGUAGCAAAACACACCCCUAAGCCGGCUUCACUCCUCUGCCAGCUUUUGAUACUAUCUUAUGGUACCGUAGGAUCUGCUUGGAGAUUACAAAAGUGCACGGUUUUAAAUUUUGUUUGUUUUUUGUGUACCGAUUUUGAUUUCUAUGUGUUUUGAAAUUCACCAUAUACAAUGAUUCAGAAAAUCCCCAAUACAGAAAUUCUAAUUUCGUGCGCAGUUCACGAGUUGUUGUCAACAUUCUGACCAUUUCACUGGUUGUCAAACAUUUAAGGUUAAAGAUUAAUCAAGAACAAAAGACAAAAGCUGAGGACUAGGAUGGCUGGGAGGUUUGCUCCAUAAAUUUAACUGUUUGCACCAUGUAAUAAAUUUGGUGAGGCUGUUUUUAUUAUUAUUUCUUUCUGUCUGUAUCAUCGUUUUCAUAUUCCAGAACCAACAAAUGAAAUUGGUAUGGCUCUGUCAACAAUUCAAUUUCAAAUGAAUCAAGUCCUAAGUCGACCCCAAAGAUUUGUGUCAUCCUCUGUGACCCCAAAUGAACCUGAAAUGAUAU